UGAGACGGGACCAUGGAGAUGGGGGCAGGCAGAGUUCUCAUCUCUGCAAUUGGAUUAGCAAGGGCCCUACCCAGAGGCAGAGGGAUAGACCUGAAGUAGAAGGAUGGCUCAUUCUAGGAUCGCCUGCCUGGUCUUCUUCGUGAUGUCAGGAGCCUUCGUCCCUGCUGUUCUCACAGCAGAGUAUCCCCAAGGCCCUGUUCCUACCUUGUGGAACGACCCAGGGGAGCUGCCAUCGGGAGUGGGCCCCUUCGAAAGCACCACCCACACCCAUGCCUCUGAUGCCACAGACCUCCCCCUCUACACCUCAGAGUAUGAGCCAGAGGACACUACCCAUCUGUACCGGCUGGAUGAUGGGACUGGGUCCUUGGGCCCCGGAGCCAUUGCUGCCAUCGUGAUCGCCGCCCUGCUGGGCACCUCUGUGGUCCUGGCUUUGAUCGUCAUCACGCUGCGAAAAUUCUCCGCUUCCUGA